AGUGCGGGAUUGCAUGAAUGAGUUGCUCAUACAGUUGAAAUUAUUCUCGAUACGAAUACCAUUGUCAAGAAUUAUUCGCGGAAACCUUUUUUCGCUAGCUGAUCCAUCCUGGCUUAGAACCGGGAUUGAACGGGGCGUCAACCGGCAUUCGGUACAUGUGGGAUCUCGGCACACAAAGGCGUAGGGGAUCUAGCUUACGAAUCGAAAGCUUCAAAUCUCAAAGUCAAACAUCAAGACAAACAUCUUGAAUAAAUUCCAGACGGUCCACGGCUCAAUCGUUGCUUUCGACAACCUUUCCCGUAUCAGACCUGUCAAUCCCCUCCAGCACAACCUUCAAAAUGGGUGCCGACGCACAGAAGAGGGUCAGCCUGACCUUCCUCUCAACCGGAUCAGUCCGCAUCAAACUCCCAAUGAAAAGCCAACCGAUAAAAUCCUACCUCGACCAAUUCGUCACCCUUCGCCGCUUCCGCUGCAUCGCAAACCGCCAAUGGACAGAACCCCUCCCCAUCGGCGUCUUCCUCAUCGCCCACCCAGACGGGCCAAUCCUCUUCGACACGGGCGAGUCCCCCUGCUUCAACGACCCGGGCUAUCUCCCCUAUUUAUCCCCGACAAAGAUGUUCAGCAGCGUGGACAUCAAGCCCGAAGACGGUAUCGUUCAGCAACUGCAGCAACUCGGUGUGGAACCGAGGGAUUUGCAGGCAAUCGUGUUGAGUCACCUCCAUGGCGACCACGCGGGCGGGUUGAAGGCUCUGAAGACUGCUGCGCCGGAUGUUCCUGUAUUUGUGAGCAAGGAGCACUGGGCCGCGUUCGGGAAUAGCCCCAUGACUGCGACGCUUGCGGGAUGCGUACCACAACACUGGCCGGAAGGAUUCCAACCUACCCUUGUGGAUUUCUGCGCCGGGGCCGUGGGGCCGUGGGAGACGUCGGGUCGGAUCACGGCUGAUGGGAAGGUUGUGGCGGUGCAUACACCGGGCCAUGUCCCCGGCCACAUUUCGCUAGUCGUCUAUGGCGAUAACGAGGACGGAACAACGUCGACGUACUGCUUGCUUGGGGACGCGAGCUAUGGUAUCGAUUUGCUGGAUAAGGAAGAGCCGGAUGGUAUUAAUGACGACCCGAUGUCGGCGCUGGACAGCUUGCGAAAGAUCAAGGCGUUUGCGAAACAGAGCGAUGUGGUUGUUCUUCCUAGCCACGAUCCGGAUACUCCGCGCUUGCUAAAAGAGAGGGUGCUGUACAAACCGCAGGACAUCUAAGGCUCGGUGAUGUGCGGGUGCGAUGAACAUCCAUUGUUGAUAUAUAAGUGUGAUAUCAAUACGUUUCAAUAUAGCUUCACGAUUCACGGAAACAUAGUUUGUUAGAAGCUGGUGAUC